AUGACUGGAGAUGAAAUAGUGAUAUCGGGAAUAUCGGGAAAGUUUCCAAGUAGUGAAAAUAUUAAUGAAUUACAGAAAAAUCUUUUAAAUAAAACAGAUUGCGUUACUGUCAGUAAAGCUCGUUGGGACUGUGAGCAUCCUCAAAUUCCGCCGCGAAUCGGUGUUAUGAAAAAAAUCGAUACAUUUGACUCUCUAUUUUUUGGAGUUCACAAAAAAUUGGCCGAUCGUAUGGAUCCAAUGUUUAGAUUGAUAAUGGAAACUACAUACGAAGCAAUCACAGAUGCUGGAAUUAAUCCAAGAAAAUUAAGAGGUAGUAAAACUGCAGUUUUCACUGGAAGCACUUUUGCAGAGUCAGAAAAAGCUGUCAUCUACAACAAAAAGCAACCAAGUGGCUAUGGUAUGAUGGGUGCCGGUAGUGCAAUGUUAGCAAAUCGUAUUUCAUUUUACUUCGAUACCACCGGCCCAAGUAUGAACAUUGAUUCUAGCUGUUGUGGGGGUACAACUGUAUUACAAGAAGGAUAUAGAGCAAUAAAAGAUGGACGAGCUGAGAACGCUAUUAUUGGUGCUAGUAAUGUUGUUUUACAUCCACACAUGUCUGUACAACUAUUCUUGUUGGGACUUUUGUCACCUGACGGCAUAACAAAAUCAUUCGAUAAUGCAGCAGACGGUUAUACUCGCAGUGAAGGUUGUGUAGUUCUUUUCCUUCAGAAGGCUCGUCAUGCAAAACGCAUUUAUGCAGAAAUAAAAAAUGCCCCUAGUCUCAUGAAAACAGUUUUGUCAGAGUGUGGCCUCAAGGGAAACGAUGUUUCAUAUGUAGAAGCCGAUGGUUCAGGUAUUAAAGAUAUUGACGCUGAAGAGGUAAAAGCCAUUGAUCAAGUUUACAAUGAAGGACGAAAAUCACCUCUUCUAAUUGGAUCUGUAAAGUCUAAUCUUGGAUCAUGUUCAGCAGUUAAUGCACUCAAUGGAAUAAUCAAGGUAAUUACAGCAAUGGAAACAGGAUACAUUCCUCCAAAUCUUCAUUUUGAAAAUCCCUCGAACAUAAUUCCUGCUCUUAUCGAAGGCCGGUGUAAAGUUGUAACAGAAUUAACUCUUUGGACUGGAGACUAUGCAAUCGUCAAUUGUCUUGCUUUAACUGGUUCUAGUGCUAAUAUUAUAUUAAAAGAUUUCAAAAAACAGAAGAAAAAUGAAGGAACACCUGAUGAUAAUCUUCCACGAUUAGUCACAGUUUCCGGACGCACAGAAGAAGCAGUUGACGUUUUACUGACCGAUCUAGAAAGCAGACCCGUUGAUGUUGAAAUGCUUCAGCUUUUGUACGAUAUAUUUGAAACGGAAAUUCCAGCUAAUUUGAUUCGAGGAUAUACAUUGCUUCCUUCUAAAGGAUUACCAAAAACUAAAAUGCGAAAUAUUGAAUUAAAUACGAGUAUUAAGAGGGAAAUUUGGUACAUGUUUUCUGGUAUGGGCUCUCAAUGGUUGGGAAUGGGUAAACAUUUACUGCAUAUACCUAUUUUUAUGGAAGCCAUAAAUAAGUGCAAUAGAGUCCUACAACCUCGAGGUAUUGAUAUUGUACGCAUUAUUACAGAAGAGGAUUCAAAAAUUUAUGAUAACAUUCUCAAUUCUUUCGUUGGAAUUGCAGCUAUUCAGAUUGGUUUAGUAGACCUUUUAACUGCCAUAGGAUUAAAGCCAGAUUUUGUAAUUGGCCAUUCAGUGGGAGAAUUAGGUUGUGCUUAUGCCGACAACUGUUUUACAGCUGAGCAAAUGAUUCUGUCUGCCUUUUAUAGAGGUUUAGCAUCAAUAGAAACAAAAAUGCCUAAAGGUUCUAUGGCAGCAGUUGGUCUUGGAUAUGAAAAAAUAAAAAAACUUUGUCCACCUGAUAUUGAUGUAGCUUGUCAUAACAGCGACAACAGUUCUACCAUCAGUGGUCCUGCAGAUUCCAUGAAAUCAUUUAUUGCACAUCUAAAAGCCAACAAAAUAUUUGCUAAGGAAGUGGCUGUUGGUAAUAUAGCCUAUCACAGUCGUUACAUAGUACCGGCAGGUGAAAAAUUAAUUAAAUACCUUCAUGAAGUAAUACCUGAUCCAAAACCGCGAAGUCAGCGAUGGAUAAGUAGUUCAGUUCCAUACGAUGAUUGGAAUUCGGCUAAAGCUCGAUUUUCAUCUGCAGAAUAUCAUACGAAUAAUCUUUUAAAUUCUGUCCUCUUUGCAGAAAGUGCAAAGCUUAUACCAUCCAAUGCAAUUGUUAUAGAAAUAGCACCUCAUGGUCUUUUGCAGGCAAUCGUAAAAAAAUCAUUGCCACAAAGUGUCAUUAAUAUACCAUUAACUAAUAAAAAUCAUCCGGACGGUAAUUUAUUCCUUUUUGAUGCCUUAGGAAAAAUAUACAAUGCUGGCUGUAGUAUAAAUGUGUCCAAUCUUUAUCCAAAGAUCAGCUAUCCAGUAUCACGAGGAACACCUUCAAUUUCCUCAUUAAUCCGAUGGGAUCAUUCAAAUAAAUGUUACACUCGUUUUUUUAAACAACAAAAAGAACUUAAGGCAGGCGAGAUGAAUUUUACAAUAAAUCUAAAAGAAGCGAAUUGGGAAUAUUUGAAACAUGCCAGGAUCAAUGACAAAAUUGUUAUUUGUCCUUCUGUUUAUUUGAAUCUUGCUUGGCAAGUAUUAAAAUUGUUAAAAAAGAAUUCUGAAUUCUCAGUAGUUUACCACGAUGUGCAAAUUUAUGAUCAAGUAGAAAUUACAGAAGAGAAAAAUACUACAUUGGUGGUAAUGGUACAAAAAGCGACUGGAUUUUUCGAAGUAAGCAAUAAUGAGGUUUUACAGUGCUCGGGAAUUAUAAAAGCGACCGACAACCCUGAAUUGGAAUUCAAUCAAGUUUUCAAUACCGAUAAUUAUCUAGAUCUGAGUGAAAGCGACGUUUACAAAGAACUACAAAUUCGUGGUUUUCAAUACUCAGGUCCGUUUAAAACAAUUUUUAAAGCAUCAACUAAAAAUUCUAAUGGAAUUUUAAUAUGGAAAAAUGAUUGGACAACUUUUUUGGAAGGAAUGAUUCAGAUUUAUGUCCUGGGAAGUGAUAUUAGAAAUACUCAAGUUCCAAUUAAAAUUAGAAAAAUUGUAAUUAACAUGAAACUACAACAAGCAACUGUAAAGUCAAGAGAAAUUCCUGUGAUAAUUUCUGAGAAAAGGACAAUUGUGAAUGCAGGUGGUAUACAAAUAGAAGGAAUUAUACUUAAAUCUGUUCAGCGUCAAGACAGAAAAAAUAGAAUAUUUACAGAAAAACUUCAGAUUGUUUCUUGCACAGAUGGGGCAUUAUGUAGUUUAUUAGAAAUUUUAAAAAUAACACUUCAAUUUCUGAAGGAGAAUUUAAAAAAUUCACGAGUUAUACGUAUUGUUGGUAAUAAAAUUGAUGUUGAAAAAAUAAAACAAGUUCUGCAAAUAAUUCUUGGUGAAGAAAUUAAAAAGUUUAAAAUUGAUGUAGUGUCUUCUAGGAUAAGUGAAUCAAAUUCCAGUGGCCUUUUGGUAUUAUGUAAUACUGAACAACAGACGUUAAAGGACCAAUUAAAUCUCCCAUUAAAUGGAUCGUUUUUAUUAAUUUUAGCAGAACCCAAAAACGAGAGUUUAAUUAUGACAACUGCUAAUUCUGCAAAAUUAGGUCUCGUUGUGAGGAAAUAUUCUUCCAACGAUCAAGUUGCAUUGAUCUUUCGUAAAUUGGAAACUGCAGAUAGGAUAAGUAUUUUAGACAUCAAGGAUUGGGAUAAUCAGGUUAGAACAAUUCUGAAUUUGAAAGAUCGUGAUAAACUUAUUAUUACAAUCAGAUCCAAGGACUAUUUCAAUUUGUCUAAAAUCCUUCAACUUGUUCAAAAGGAACAGAAGAUAAAUAAUAUUCAAAUUGUCGAUAUUCAAGAUCCAAAAGUUUCUAAAUUCUUUCUAGAUGAUUCUGACUUUAGAUCUCGUAUGGAUCUCAAUCUAAAGUUAAAUAUUCUUUUACCAGAUAAAAUUUGGGGAAUGUAUCAAUAUUUUCCAAUUUCCUCAAACCUUCGACAAGUCUCCAAUUGGAUAGCCCGACAACAUAAUGGUUCUGAUUUAGAAUCAAUCUCAUGGGUUGAAGAAUACGUUAAAAAAAGUGAAAACACAAUAAAAGUAGAGUACUCUUCUCUUAAUGAGCAAGAUAUCUUUCUAGCAACUGCGAAAAUAACAUUAGAAAACACGAGACUUGAAACAAAGUUAUUUGGUCAAGAAUAUUCUGGAAUUGAUUUAAGAGGUAAUAGAGUUAUGGGAAUCACUCAAAGUGGAGCAUUUUCAAAAUUUACAUCAUCUGUCGCUGAUUACACAUGGAAAAUACCUUCCAAUUGGUCUUUAGAAGAUGCUGCUACUGUACCUUUAGCCUACACAAUUGCUUAUCUAUCAAUUGUCAUAAAAGGUGAAUUAAAAAACAAUGAAUCAGUUUUUGUCUUCGAUGGCUCUUGUUCAAUUGGACAAGCUAUUCUUAAUCUAGCAUUAAAUAUUAAAUCUCACGUAUUCUCAGGAUACGCUAAUUGUAAUGCUAAAAAAUUUCUUGAAAACAAUUAUUCGAAUAUUCAAAUUUUAAACACAGUAGAUAGCUUUCCUGAGGAAAUUUUGUCACUAACAAAAGGAAAUCGUGUUAAUUUGGUGAUAUAUAAUGGAAACGAUUUAAGUAAAUUAGAAGAUUGUUUAAAAUUUGUGAAUCACAAAGGAAAAGUUAUUGUCAUUGGAAAUUUACAAGAUUCAUUCAAUAAAUCAAUAGGUAUGCAAAUUUUCGAUGAUGGAGUUAAAGUAUUGUCAAUAAUUCCAACGAAAUUAAUCAAUCUCGAUGUGACGAUGAAGAGAAAAUUAUCACAAAUGAUUGUUAAUGGAAUUGAAACAGGAAUUGUAAAACCACUGCCUAAACGUGUCUACUCAAGAGAAAUGUUAACGAACGCUUUUAUUGACACAUCUUUAAAAAGUUUCUUUGAAAAAAUUAUUGUCAAAAUACAACCGAACGAUGGAAAUAACAAAGCCCUGGCAUUACCUCGUUUCAUAUGUAAAAGUGAAGCAUCUUAUUUAAUAAUUGAAGGAUUGAGUUACUUUGGAUUAGAACUAGUUGACUUUUUAGUUUCCAGAGGUGCUAAAAACAUUGUUAUUGUUUCGGAGGCAAAAAAUACAGGACUUUACAGUAAUUCCAUAAGUAUGUGGAAACAAUAUGGAGUUUCAGUGGUAGUUCAUGAAAAAGUGGAUCUUUCUCAUCGACAAAGUUUCAUUACACUUUUUAAACAAAUUCAUUCGCUUGGUACAAUAGAUGCAAUCUUCGAUCUACAGCGCAUUGAAAAUUUAUCCACAAGAUCCGAAAGUUCGAAAUAUAUUAUUACAAAAUAUGCUUUUGAAGAAUCUAAACAAAUCUGUUCCAAUUUACGACAAUUUAUUAUUUUUACGACUUGUAAAGAUAUUGGAGAAAAUAUUGAAGACGUUUUGUUAAGAGAAAACUACUUGUCGAAAAUUUUUCAAGAACAUUCAAAAGAAACAUUUCCAGGACUUUUGAUACUUUUAGGACCAAUUAGUGGAAUUGUAGAAUAUACAACGGAAACCAAAAGAAAUGGACAUUUUUUUAUCUAUUUCAAGUAUUAUGGAACAAAUGGAUAAAAUACUUGGAUUAAGUGGAUCCAUCGUGUCGGUCUCUUGUAAAUUAUCAGAAGAAUCAAAAGAAAUUUUUGAUUCUGAGAAGUUAAUUAUUGAGGAAACAGAAAAGUCCAAAUUCGUCAAGUAUAUUACAGGAGGUCAACACGUAGCAACGUCCUUUGAAUUUCAAUUUGCAGAAGAAGGCAAAAAUUAAAAAAAAUGUUAUCAAUUAGGUUUAGACAAAGAAGAGUUAAAAUAAUUAAAUUUAACUGAAUAUUUAUUAUGCAAUGCAAUUUAAAUUUUUUAAAAAUGAAUUUGAAAUAAUAAUUUUUAAAUUCUUAGGUCAAAA